AUGGCUUCAGUCAACAAGCACGCUCUUGUGUUCGGGGCAUCUGGCGUCUCUGGCUGGGCCGUUGUAAACCAGCUCUUGCACGACUAUCCAAAAGCAGAAACUUGGAGCAGAGUCACCGCUUUGACGAACAGACCUCUCGAUAUUGAAACCUCGCUAUGGCCAAAAACAAAUAAGCUCCAGAUCAUUUCUGGCCUCAACCUACUGAAAGGUGACCAGAAAACUGUUGAGGAAUCAAUGAAAAGCAAGAUUCCAGGUGUUGAAACGGUCACACAUGUCUUCUAUUACGCCUACAAAGCAAAUCCAAACUUUGAGCAGGAGAAGAAGGAUGCAGUUGAUAUGCUUGCUCGGUCAAUAACUGCUGUCGACCGACUUUCUCCAGCUCUAGAGUUUGUCGCGUUCCAGACAGGCGCAAAAAUGUACGGAUUUCUUCUCCAGGAAGACCACUAUCACCCUGUUCCGCUGAAGGAGUCAUUGCCUCGACUUAAGCCACCUUACAGUGACCAGCUCUUCUAUCACGCUCAGCUCGAUUGGUUGGAUGAUUACUCCAAAGGUAAAUCGUGGACGUGGUGCGAAACACGGCCUGAUAUUAUUAUUGGAUUCGCCCCAAAUCAUUCAGCCUACUCAUUGGCGGCUUCUCUGGGCAUCUACUUCUCCCUCUGGAGGGAGAUAAAUGGCCCCAGCAGUGUGGUCCCGUUCCCGGGAACUAUGAAAAGCUGGAGAGCAAAGCACAACGAGGCUGGUAGCGACAUGAUAGCUAAGCAGACGAUUUUUCUAGCUUUACAUCCGGAGGUGAGCGGCAAUGGAGAGGCCUUCAACGUCGCGUCAAGCCCCCAGUACGAGACAUGGGAGGAAAAGUGGCCACAGCUUUGCGAGUACUUUGGCCUAGCAUCCGCACCUCCCAAUGAUGGAUCAAAGGAGGUCCGGGCAUAUAUCAACGACAACCUUCCCAAGUGGAAGGCUUUGGAAGAGAAACACAAUCUUCGAACGGAUAUUGCUCAAUCGGGAAUAACUAUGCCCGGAUUUGAAAUCCUCCAUCUCACCCUGGCUGACUUCGAUCGACAAUACGAUAUGACAAAGAUCCAGAAUGCAGGAUUCAACGAGAAGAGUUCUAUCAUGGAGACCUGGGGAGGCACAUUCGAGAGGAUGAGAAGAGCGAAAAUGAUUCCAUAG